AUGUCACUCCGAGUGGUUUAUCGCCUAAUACACUACAAUGCAGUGCCAGCUCCGACUGUGACUGUGAGUGUUUCCAGUGGUGCACUGAAUGAGGGGACCUCCCUCACCUUGACCUGCACUGCCACACUACCACCCUGGGUGGACACUGAUGUCAACAUCACAAUCAACUGGACCGCAGAUAUCAGCAAUGGGCGAGUCACUCUGUCUCCUCCCACUAGUGAUAGAUCUCCAUUCAUUUCAAUAUUGACUCUCAGUGCUCUGCUACUCUCUGACUCUGGACUGUACUAUUGUGAGGUGUAUGCUGCCUCCUCCUCUCCCUACAUCACUACCAGCAGCCCAGGACAAAGUCAACAGCAGCACAUUGCUGUUACAGAAUCUGCUUCUGGGUCAGGCAAUACUGCUGCUAUUGCUGGUGGAGCUGUUGCAGGGAUGUACUCAAGACUCAGCAGAAAAAAAAUUGCACCAGAAAAAGACAGAAGGACCUCAACCAACGAAGUGAAUGGUAUCGGGAUUGAGACCUCUAGUAAUGAAGCCUAUGGAGUAAUAAAGGCAGAAACAGGAAUGGCCCUGAUGGGACUAGCAAAUUCUGGUGGUGGGAUGGAAAUGGAUGCAAUUCACACAGCUCCAGACCUAUCACCCUCCCUGGAUGAGAAGGGGCAGGAGGAGGAGGCAUGCACCGUAUGAGAUUGUUU